AUGUCUCCGCUGAGGUCGAUAGCGCCCCUUUGCGUCCUGGCCGUCGUUGCCUUCGCCGUGCCCGCCCAGGAGAAGCGCGUCCAUCACCGCAGCGAUCUGAGCGAUCACGCCCACAAGGACGGCGAGGGUUACCAGUAUGACCACGAGGCCUUCCUGGGCAAGGAGGAGUCCAAGACCUUUGACCAGCUGACCCCGGAGGAGAGCAAAGCCAAACUGGCGAAGAUCGUGGAGCGCAUCGACACCGACAAGGACGGCUACGUCAACCACGCAGAGCUGCACUACUGGAUCAAGCACCGGCAGAGGAGGUACAUCGAGGAGAACGUCAACAAACACUGGAACGACUACGACAUGAACCACGACGGCAAGAUAGGCUGGGAGGAGUACAAAAACACCACCUAUGGCUACUACCUGGACGAGGCAUUUGACGACGUCGAAGACAAGGCCACCUACAGGACGAUGCUCACCCGCGACGAAAGGCGCUUCAAGACGGCCGACCGAGAUGGCGACGGCAUCGCCACGCGGGAGGAGUUCACCGCCUUCCUUCACCCUGAGGAGUUUGAUUACAUGAAAGGUGUUGUGGUGCAGGAAACCGUGGAAGACAUCGAUAAGGACGGGGAUGGCAAGAUCAACUUAGAUGAGUACAUCGGUGACAUGUACACAUCGGAGAACGGGGAGAAGGAGCCCGACUGGGUCCAGACGGAGCGGACGCAUUUCUCAGAAUUCAGAGACACCAACAAGGACGGCUUCCUGGACGCCGACGAGGUGGCCCGCUGGGUUUUGCCGGGAGAGGUCGACCACGCUGACAACGAAGCCAAACACUUGAUCCACGAGACAGACACCGACAAGGAUGGCCAUCUACUACUGUCUGAGCUGCUUGACAAGUUUGAAUUCAUCAAGACCAGCACCAUCACUGACUAUGGAGGCAUGAGGCUGGACAGCCAUGAAGAACUGUGA